AUCCAAGAUUGUGAAUGAUCAUAUCAAGUCGCUGCAAGGGUGUUGUUCGCUGUGUGGGGUUGUGAAUGCGCUGUAUACGCCACCAUGGGCCAUUAUUGAUAAGCCAUACGAUGUGUAAGUGUGAUUUGUGUAUCCUCUCGAACAUAUAAACUAACACUGUAAUACACACAGUUAUACCUCUAACGAAGCUUCUCAGUCCAUGUUUGAGAGUGUUUUGAACCGCUCGGAUGUCUCUGGAGGAAUCGCCCAUGCUGCACUGCUUGCGAAGCUGAAGGAUGAUAUAUACCUUUUAUUCUACACAGAGUUUGAUCAAGAUCAACAGCCCAGGGUACGAUGUCUCCUCUUGGAUUUAUCGCGGCUCAAGAUUGAUGAGGUUCUAAAGAGGAGAAAUGACGUGGAGGGCACCUGCUUUAUAGACGAACCGACAAAGGAGGAUCUCAUGGAUUCCCUGCUUCAACAGAGGCUGGAUAAUUUUAACAGCUUGAGUGCUAGAAGACAGGUUCAAUUGACAGUGGAAAAACAGCAGAUGAAGCUCCAAGCAAUACGGCACAAAUUUAGGAUGCUCAUCACCGAUGAGGUGAAACAAAGGAUGUGGGAUAAACCGAAAAAGGUUCAGAGUGAAGUUGCAGAUAUGUGUUUAAAAGGUAUGAAUUUCCGCUUCAAGGGUAUUCACUCGAUGACAAAGGCCGAAGAAACUGAUGUGAAGCUGUGGUUGAGCUCAUUUCUUGACCUUCUUGGUGUUAAGGCAAAUUAGGCCAUGGUCACUACGGGAUACCAACGCCGAGCAGCUGAAAGGUGAACUAGUCAGCAUCGAUGUUCGUCAACAUCCCAAAAGAGGAAAUAGAUGCAUGUAAGUAAUAACACGAACAUCGUUCUACUUCUAAUCUCUAAUAACUUCCUAAAUCACUCACUGCUUCCUUUGGCUUACCGUCGGGCAAAAAAAUUUGUU